AUGUAUAGUGCGAGCGUGUUCUUCUUUACACAGAUAGUAUUGUGUCAAUUUACAACUGAAAAUCCACCAAUAUCAUCAACAGAAGAAUCUCCUACAGUAACUACGUUUUACGCACUCAGCACCGGGAUCGUUCCAGCGCCCGUCAUGCUCAAACUUGGCAACUCUACAAUAGAUAGCACAAAGUCUUUUAAAGUACCACAAACGAUACAGGAAUCUGAAGGCUCAUCCAAAACAACCCUGAAAGUAGAUAUGGUACCGCAUGUAGUAUCAGUGAAAAACACUUAUUUUGAUCACGAUAGAAAAUAUGGACCCAGUUUUGAGGAUGCAGAUGGAAAUAUUACCAAGAUCACUGUACAGUUGGGAGAAGAUGCGCAUUUGAACUGCAGGAUCAGUCUUUUGCAAGAUAAAACGGUGUCCUGGGUUCGUCGUAGAGGCAAAGAUGAAAUGCCUGAGCUUCUAACCGUGGGUGCAGUAACUUACGCAGCGGAUAACCGAGUGACAGUUGCAAGGAGAUAUCCUGGAAACUGGAGGCUCCUGAUCAGGGAAGUCAAGCCUGAUGAUGAGGGCGUGUAUGAAUGCCAGAUAUCAACUCAUCCACCUAGAGUUAGCAGGACCUAUCUUCAUAUUAACACACCCCAAGUGUGGGUAGUGGACGAAGCAGGAGCUCCUCUCCUCGAAAAGUACUACGAAGCUGAGUCAACUCUAGCUCUUGUCUGUAGGGCGAGACAUGUAGACACUCCUGCACUGCUGACGUGGUUGCACGAGGGUAGAGCUCUAAACGCCGAUACCACAAGAGGUGGAAUCAGUGUGAAAACAGAACAAGUGCCAGGAGGUGCUGACAGCCAACUUCGACUUGCUAGAGUGAACAGCAGUGACGCGGGAAAUUAUACAUGCGCAGUUCGAGGCGCCAGGUCUCACACCGUGUCCGUUCACGUUCUUAACGAAAGUCUAGCUGAGCUCCACGCCGGGUCUCCAUCACCCCAUUCUGCAUCAACAACGGCACUGAUACUCGUUUCCUUACUUAUGAUAACGGAAAUAUCAGCAUUAUUUACACUUCCAUUUUUGGAAUUAUCACAGUUAUUCAUACCUGUGAUUUUUGUCGCGGCACUAGCUCCAAGCGUGAUGGCCCAAGGCCUAACAGAUAGACUAUAUAUGCUGUUACCUACGUGA